AUGGCGCCCAAGAAGGAUUCCAAACCUUCUGUUCCUAUACAGCCUGUUCCAGAGAAGCGAGGCUACGAGUUCUUUGGCCCUUACGGUGGCUUUGCGAUUAUCUUCGGUCUCCCUGUCCUCCUGUUUGCCUUCACCUUCCUGUGCAACGAUGUCUCCGGCUGCCCCGCGCCGUCCUUGCUACACCCGUCUACCCUGACGCUCGACAAAUUGAAGCAGGAGGUUGGCUGGCCCGAGGGAGGUAUCCCAGCGCUUUACGAUACGGAGGUUUUGUUGUGGGUUCUGAGCUACUACCUGCUGCAGCUGGUGCUGUACGUGGUCCUACCAGGCCCGGUGGUGGAGGGCACUGAACUGGCUUGCGGUGGGAGACUCUGGUACAAGUUCAACGCCUUCCCUACUGCUGUGCUGAUUCUGUCCGGCUUGGCUGCCGGCACUUAUUUGGAUGGAGCGGACUUUGUUGUUUGGACGUUCCUUUGGGACAACUAUCCGCAGGUCAUAGCCUCGAACUUGAUUAUUUGCUCGACGCUUGCAAUCUUUGUCUACAUCAAGAGUUUCUCCGUUCCUGCGCCCGGACAGCCCAACCCGGAGCUUCGCCAGCUAGCCCCAGGUGGACACUCCGGCAACGUGCUCUACGAUUUUUUCAUUGGACGCGAACUGAACCCCCGAGUGAAACUUCCAAUUCCGUUUGUUAGUGAGGCAUCCCGAACCAUCGAUAUCAAGGUCUGGAUGGAAAUGCGCCCUGGUUUGCUGGGAUGGAUUAUCAUGAACCUGUCCAACAUCGCGCGUCAGUACAGAACCUAUGGAUACGUGACGGACUCCAUCGUCAUUUCAACCUUCUUCCAAGCUUUCUACGUUCUCGAUGGGCUUUACAUGGAGCCCGCGAUUUUGACUACCAUGGACGUGAUUAUGGACGGCUUUGGCUACAUGCUUUCCUUCGGUGACCUCACCUGGGUUCCUUUCCUGUACAAUUUCCAAACCCGAUACCUGGCCAUGUUCCCAUAUGAACUAGGCCCGAAGGGUAUCGCGCUCGUGCUGGCGCCGACGGCCGCAGGGUACAUGAUCUUUCGCGGAGCCAACAACCAGAAAAACCGCUUCCGUACAGACCCCAAUGACCCGCGUGUCAAGGACAUCAAGUACAUCGAGACCGCCACUGGGUCCAAGCUGAUGACCUCCGGCUGGUGGGGUCUAGCUCGUCAUAUCAACUACCUCGGUGACUGGCUUAUGUCGUGGUCGUACUCCCUGCCCACCGGGAUCUCCGGGUUCGUGAUCCUCGAGAGCAUCAACCCUUCCACGGGCGAGCUCGAGAAGCAAGCCGCGCAGACACCCGAAUCGCGCGGCUGGGCCCUCAUCUUCACUUAUUUCUUCCUGAUCUACUUUGGCAUUCUUCUCCUUCACCGUGAGCGACGUGACGAAGAAAAGUGCAAGAGAAAAUACGGCAAAGACUGGGAUCGAUACACUUCUCUUGUCCGCAGCCGUAUCAUUCCAGGGCUUUACUAA